ACCGCCAUUUUGGACUCCUUUUCCCUAUUCUAGCUACCCAACAUUAACAAAUGAAGAAACUGGUCUCUCUAUGAGGCGCAUUGAGAUAACAGCUGCCAUAUGUCUAGGAUAAUGCCAAGUUGGUUCUGCAGGAGAUGGAAGAACUAUGCCAUGACUCCUGUCUACCAGGAGCUUAAUGUAUUUGUGGUGUUGAAUCCAGGGAGCAGUUCAUCCUGGGCUAUGGUGUGAGGUUGUAAGAGGUACUGGGCCCCCUGUCUGUCUCUGCCAUUCUAGAAGGAACAGCUCCUCCUGGGAGGGUUUGGGUGGGGCCCAGAGUCCUGCUGAGACUCCAUCAUUCAGCUGAGAGCCCAACUCGGAACACUGUGGAGCGCGGGCUGAGAGGUGAGGAAGAGCAGCUGGUCGGCUAGAGGCAGCCAUCAAUGGGGCACAUGAACACUUGCUGGGAUUUUUUACAAGAAGUGGUGGCUGGUUACUAACAACUAAAAAAAAAGUUUCCUUCUUUCGGAUUGGAAGGUAAGACUGCAGGCUAUGGUCCUGUUUAUCUGAAGUGAGUUCUCCUUCAUUGUAGCCCUGGACUUUGGGGGCUCCGUUGGGCACCAGGGAAGACUUGGAGGUACUGAUAGAGAGGGGAGUGAUUCAUCCUUUAACUUCCUACACAUCUUGAAAAUGUUCAAGGGGCAGGCAGAAGUAAGUGGGUGGGGGAGGGAAAUUAUGAACACAAAGCGUCAUGUAAAAUUCCCAAACACACUUCCUUAUAGCAGCAAACCAUGCACAUGUUCCAAUUACCCUUGUAAUCACAAAUGAAGGCAAAAACCACACUAGUUUUUACAUUUUAAAUAUCUUCUAUUGCAAUAUCUGGUCAAGUUUCCAAAAGUUUUAGCUCUCUUUUACAAGUAUCAGUUGCAUUUGUGACAGACAUAAAUCAUGUAUAAAACAAGCCAAUCUUAGCAUAAAAAAUUCUAAGAAAAUGCCACAUCCACCUGUAAUAUGAUUAAAGAAGCAUGGAAGACUCUAGCUGAUAUGGGUGAGACAUUAUGGUAUGGUAUGGUAUCUUAUCUAUUAAUUUUUUUCAAUCCUUGGUCUUCACAACAACUGUCUGAGGCAGGGAAUACAACCAGUACCCCCAUCUUAAGUGUUAGGAGACAGAGGCCUAAAGAGAUGGAAUAAGGUUGUACAAUAGUGAGGACUCAUGACUCUAAAGUGCAGAGCCCCCAGCCUUUGAAAGAUGGGAAUAGUCACACUCACUUAUCACUUCUGUUUGAGCAUCCAACUCCAUGUCUAGCACAGAGCAGGCUGUACAUGAAUAGAAUCAGAUCCAAACUUGGGUCCACUUGCCCAUGUUCAGUAAAGCCAAUCUAUUGACACUGGGUUGUGGUGAUGGAAAGAGUCGCACUUAUUGCAGGGUACCAAGCGAGGCAUCCAGGACAGCUAGUGCUCAAAAAGCCCAAACUCUCCAAAGGAUUUCAGCAAAGCAUUUUUAAAGGCCAGGUGAGGGCGGGGGCUGGUAUCACAUUAUCAGUCCUUAGGCUCUGGUAGGUCUGGGGCCUAUGUGCUCAUGAUCGUCAAGUAGUUAGUUUCUCAGAUUUGGUGGUUGUUUUAGCAUCUGUAAAACAGCUCAGGAAUGUCCAUCAGAUGCUAUUAGCUAGGUACUUUAGAAAGGAGUGAUUGAAGAGGACAAGAGAAAAGGAGUCUGUCCCCAGAAGUCCCCACAAAAUCCUGCUCGGUCACAAGCUUUCUCACUGUUCAUUCUCUUGGACAGGCCCGAGGGGCUGUUACCCACAUCCAGGAGGUUGUACUCAAUGGAGCUCAGGCUUCCCUCUCACUUAGUGACGCUCCCCUCAUUCCAUUCCUGACACCAGACUGCUGUCCACUUGUCCGAUGUCUGCAGCUUCUCACUAAUUUCACCUCCAAGGCACAUACCUCUACAUCCCUUUGAAUACCAACUGCCAUGCCAACAAGAAGCUUGUCCCAUUCUUAAUACAUUUAGGAUGGCAUUUUGCUGACAGUCCUUUUGUCUGAGAGAGUUCUGUACCAUUGGCAGCUCACUCUUGACAAGAACUAAUACAUAAUUUGGAGCCUCCAAGUCAUGACACUCGGUGGCCACGUGAAGUACCCAUCUCCUAUAAGCAGUCCAGGGCUGUGAGUUUUCAUCUCACUAAGAGAAUAACCAGACAGAAGAAAGACUAUUCAGCCUACACUUUAGCACCCACUGCUCAGAAACAGCUAUCUGGAAGUUACCAGAGAGGACUGUAUUUAGAUCCACGGUUUCUAAACCAAAGGGUAACUUUCAACUUUGGCUAACUAGGGGAGCAGAACAGAAUCACUAUGAAAAGAGGUUUACCAGGAUUUCCUUUGUCCAACUGGGUUUAUUUCAAACAGAAUUUGGACCAAACAUUUCAGGGAGACAGAAUGACAAGAAGCAAGCUCAGAGCAGCUCCAGUUUGACUUACAUCCUCAUCCCUGUUUCUCAGGGCAGGUAGAGAGGGGUCAAAUGGUGAGAGGGCUGUGCACCCAAGAGAGAGAGGAGAGACAGAGCUUCCCAAGUGAGACACUGGCAUUUGACUUCACCAGUAUUGCUUGAUUUUUAUCUGAAAGCUGUAGAAUGCCUGCAGACCUGGAGGGGAUCCUCUGAGCCAGGAACCAUUUGUCAGUUGCCUGUUUCAUUUGCCUCCUGACACAUGAUCAGGACCUGGAAGCUGGCCAUCUGGAUGUGAAUGUCCCGGGCACAGGAACCAACUGUGUGUAUUUGGCUGCACCUUCCUCCUUUUGAUUUCUAACAGUGUGAGGGGCUGCUUCUAUCUGGUCCUUAAUCAUCCUACAAGGGAUGCUCCAGGAGAUCAGAGGAUUUGGGAGUUAUCUUGUUGGAGAGAGGUUAGGAAGAAGACAUAGUCACUGUCUCCUCUUCUCAUAUUUUCUCCACAUUUGGUUUAUUGUACAAUUCGUUUCAAGGUUUGUUAGUAGUGAGUUGCUGGACUUAAGCAUAGUUUCUCUAAUCAGAGAAUUGUGGUACCUUUUUAAUCAUUGUGUCUCCCAGGACAAUACAGUGGUGGGUUUUCAAGAAGCUCUUGAAAUGGUCAUGCAGGAGCUAACCAGGCAGUUUGAAAGGAAUGAAUCUUGACAACCAAACAUAGGCAGUGCCCAGGAAGUGGCAAGACAGCAGGAAAGGAAUCAAACUUCUCCAAGAGUUAAACUGUAAAUCCAAUGCAGAGGAGAAGUGGCUGGUUGUCGGGGAAAUGGCUUAAAAAACCUGCAAGACUUUGAGAACGCAAGUGACUCUGUUCUCAUAUGAUUGUGGGUAUUAACAGUUAUGUUUCUCAUCAUAAACUGACUACUAUUAUUCUGAUUUUUUACUUCCUUGUGAGUUUUGUUAGCAUAGGCAGCCACUUUAAAGUGUGAUCCUUAGCUAGCAUGUAAUGCGGGGCAGUUUGGGCUUAACUGGUUUGUUUGUUCUUUUCCUAUUUCUUAAAUUGUGAGCUAGAGCAUACACACAGGAAAGUGCAGAAGUAUUUCUAUACAGUUUAAAGAUCAAUUAUAAAGGCUAAUUACUAAUUCCGUUUCAGAAACAGAAUGUUAUUAGCAUCCCAGAACCCCCAUACCCUGACUCCAAUCACAGCCCCCAUUUCUCCUCACUAGAGGUAACCACCAUCUUGUGUCUGUCAUAAUUAUUUCCUUGCUUCUCUUCAUACUUUUGCCUCCUAUGUAUGCAUCCCUAAAUAAUAGUUUUGUUUCACCAAUUUUGGAAUUAAGGGGACAUAUACCAUAUAGUCUGUGCUAGUUUUUUCUUGAAACAUAUUUUCUUAUUUUGCCCUUCAGAAAACCCAAGCCAGUAGUCAUGGCGGCCAAACCGAAGCUCUGGUACUUCCGUGGCCGAGGCAGGAUGGAGUCUAUCCGCUGGCUGCUGGCUGCAGCUGGUGUGGAGUUUGAAGAAGAAUUUCUUGAAACAAGGGAACAAUAUGAGAAGUUGCAGAAGGACGGACACCUGCUUUUCGGCCAGGUGCCUCUGGUUGAAAUUGAUGGAAUGGAGCUGACACAGACAAGAGCCAUCCUCAGCUACCUUGCUACCAAGUACAACUUGCAUGGGAAGGACCCGAAGGAGACAGUCAGGAUCGACAUGUACGCCAAGGGCACCCUGGACCUCAUGAUGAUGGUGGUGGUGGCUGCGUUCAAACCCCUGGAGGAAAAAGAGGAAAGCCUGGCUUCAGUCGUGAAGAAAGCCAAAACCCAGCACUUCCCGGUCUUUGAAAAGAUUUUGAAAGACCAUGGAGAGGAUUUUCUCAUUGGCAACAAAUUCAGCUGGGCAGACAUACAGCUCCUGGAAGCUAUUUUAAUGGUGGAAGAACUUGAUGCUUCUGUUCUUUCCGACGUCCCUCUGCUAAAGGAAUUUAAGACAAGAACCAGCAACAUUCCUACCAUUAAGAAGUUCCUGCAACCUGGGAGUCAGAGGACUGCCCCCGAUAGCCACUAUGUUAAGGUUGUCAGGAAUGUCUUGCAGUUCUAAAGGCAGCAGUCUUAGGAUGGCAGAGUAAUGAACCAAUUACAGCAUUGGCUCCUGUCACCAAGCAAAGCAAAUGGUGUAGAUUCUAGGAGUAAUCUAAGUAAUCUUAAGUGUAGAUUCUAAGAGUAACGUGUCAGAAAAGAACAAAACCACAUUGCCAUCAGCAGCAAAUGCCAA